AUGGACCCAGAUAGACGAGAGCAUACAGUCCUUUUCAACUUACUCUCCAAACUUGGACUGGAGAAAUUUUAUCCCAACAAGCUCACUCUUCAGUCUCUUUUGGAAAUCAAUAAAAACAAUAUUUAUGAUCAAACUGUUGAAUCACUGGAGAAUAUACCAUGGUGCUUUCUCAGGAAACUCUUUCAAAUCAAUGCAGAAUGCAGAAAGUGUACACAAGUAUCAAACAAUGAUGAUGAUGAUGAUGAUGAAGAAAACAGUGAUCUGUUUGAUCUUGACCUGCUCACUGCAAAUAACUCUGUAGACAACAAUGUUAACCCUCUCGACCUCAUAGUUGCACUCUUUCUUUGUGCUGACAGCUUCUUGCAACAGGAAAUGGCUCUCAAGAUGUCAAUGUGUCAGUUUUCUGUGCCACUGCUGUUGCCUCAUGUCAAUAACAGUCAGUCUACUCUGAUGCUGUGGGCUCUGAGAGACAUCGUCAAAGAGUGGCGUCCACAUGAUUUAUCUGAAUCAAGAGGAUUUGUUGAAGACAACAUUGUUCAAGCAGAUAUACCAUUCUUUACCUUUGUCAGGCUGAAAAACUGUAGUCUCUCCAAGUCACAGGUGUUGAAUCAUGUUCUCAGUCGUGGUCAACAGAAUCACAACAUCUUCAUACACAGAGAUAUGAAAGGAGGAGCGAUCACAAAAAAAAUUGCAAAUGGUUUGGUCGAGGUUUGCUGGUUCCUUCCCUGUGGCAGAGAAAAUCUUGACAUAUUUCCAGGACCAGUUGCCUUUGCCAAUUUGAGAGGAGACAUUUGUGAGUCAGUCGCUCAAUUCAAUUUUCUUUCUCAGGUGUCAACUGCUACCUUUGUGUUCCUGGACAAAGUUGAAGAAAAUGAGCACAAGAUUCUGACUUCUCUUCAAGAUGUGAAAUCCAAACUCUUCUUGGUUGUUAAUUGCAAGGAGAACUCUAGAAAGGACAUGAUGUCUGUUAAGAAAACACUGAAAGAGUUAGAGAUACCAAAUAGCAGUGUGAAGACCAAAGACCCAAAGGUAAAUGUUGCAGCAUUUUCGGAGAAACUCUGUGUGUCCAUCAAGAAAUCACUGACAAAUGCAGCUAACAAUGUUAAAAUUGAAAAUAUGCUUGACAAAGCUGUUGAACUUGGUCUGUCUGUGGAUGAAAACAAAAGUGGCAAACAAAAGAAAGCAGCUGAGAAGAUUGUGAAAGGAAUUGGUGUGCAAAAAAUAUCAGAUUACAAAAUCCAACAACUUCCUUUGCAGGGAGAAAACUGGAAAAGAUUAUCACAGGUGGAAAUGGAGGAAUGUAGAUUAAAAAAAGUUGGCAAACAAGGACCGGAAGAAUAUAAAUCCCAGCUACAAGAAGAAAAACGACAAAUCAGGAAGGAGCAAAGCAAGUACAAACUGUCCACGGCCAUGAAAAGUUUUAUUGAAAAUGUAUUGAAAUGUGACAAAGAAGGAAGAGGUUUUUUUAUUAAGUGGAUGAAAUUUCAGCUGAAUGCACAUUCAGAAUCUGAUUUCAAUCAACUGUAUUUACUGCGUAAUGAACUGACAGAGCACUGUGGUAGAAAGGAGAAAGAUGUGAAAAUCAUUUCAGAGUUAGUUCAGACUUUGCUGGAAAGCUCUUUAGGAGUAGAGCAUUACAUGAGAGAGAUGGGACUCAUCUAUGAGUUCUCAAUUGAUGGCUCAAGAAACACUGCUGAUGAAAUAUCUCGUCUCCCUGGUUUGGCUGCUGAAAUGCUGUUGGAUGGAUAUCCUUUAGAGCUCUUGGAUGGAGAUGCUUCCAACAUCCCACAGAGAUGGGUGACAGAUGUGCUGAUGGAGCUUCACAAGAAGGUUAGGGGGAAGAGCAGACUGUUAGUACUGACUGUGCUGGGUGUUCAAAGUACAGGGAAGUCAACACUCCUCAACACCAUGUUUGGUGUGCAGUUUCCUGUCAGCAGCGGCAGAUGCACAAGAGGAGCGUAUAUGCUCUUCCUCAAAGUUGGAGAGGAUAUGAAACAUGAGUUGAACUGUGAUUUUAUAGUUCUCAUCGACGCAGAGGGUCUAAAGUCUCCUGCUAUGGCACAACUAGAGGGCAGCCAUGAGCAUGACAACCAGCUGGCAACCUUUGUGAUUGGUUUAAGUGAUGUCACCAUUAUAAACGUUGCCAUGGAGAACUCAACAGAAAUGAAAGAUGUCCUGCAAAUUGCAGUUCACGCCUUCCUAAAAAUGAAGGAAAUUGGUAAAAAGCCAAUUUGUCAUUUUGUGCAUCAAAAUGUUUCUGGAUUUUCAGCUCAUGACAAGACAAUAACAGAAAGACAGCAUCUCCUGGACCAGCUCAAUGAAAUAACACAAAUUGCUGCUGACAUGGAAAAGAAGCCUUCUAUUAAAGCAUUCACAGAUGUGCUGGACUAUGACAUGGACAAAAACAACUGGAACAUCCCAGGACUCUGGCAUGGAACCCCUCCGAUGGCAUCAGUGAGCACAGGUUACAGUGAAGCAGUAGCAGAUUUAAAGAGAAACCUUUUGGAGACAGUGAAAACAAGCCAAAGCAAUGACGUCUCACAGAUCCCAGAGUUUCUAGAAUGGAUUAAAAGUCUCUGGAAAUCUGUGAAAUAUGAGAACUUCAUCUUUAGUUUCAGAAACACUCUUGUGGCUCAGGCCUAUGACAACCUUUGCAACAAGUUCAGUCAAUGGGAAUGGGAGUUCAGAAAAGAAAUCCUCUCCUGGCAAACAGAAGCAGAGCGCGAAAUCUUACAUUCUGACAUUGAAUCUGGACUCCAACAUUUAACUGAAACAGUUGAAUCAAAAAAAUCAGAGGUGUCAGAAAAAAUAACAUCUGAAGAAAGACAAAUGAAGGAGAAACUUACAAACUACUACAGAAAGAAAGGAAAGAAGGUACAUCUGAUAGAAAAAUACAAGAUUGCAUUUUUCAACAGCAUCAGUAGUCUUGCAAAGGAAAUCAGAUACUCAGUGAACAACAUACUAGAUUGUGCACUUCACAUGAGAAAAAGUUCAAAAGAGGUUCAAGACAUUCAUAAGAAAUACAGAUGCAUGAUUGAGCAGCAGGUGAUGAAGAUCCUGAGUGACUGUAAAAACUCCAAACUGUCUGAUGAACAGCUGAAAGAGGAGUUUGAUAUGAUGUGGACUGAAGCAACUGCAAAUGUGUCUGGCCUGAAAGAACAAAAUAUAUCUGAAAACAUCCUCAAUCACUUGAGAAAAAACUUCCUAAAUCGAAAAGUCAAUGAGGAAUUACAGAACAUUGGAGACUUAACAGAAAUAGGGAAGAGUAAGUUUAAGGCCAGGAAUGAGCAUGUUAAAAAUGCAAAAACCUUGAAUGCGGUCUCCAGAACACAAAUAAAAAGAUGUUUGCAGGACACAGCUGAUCACAUCAAUGAGUCUUGUAGAAGUUUUGUGAUUAAUAUCGUAAAAACAAACGCAGAUUAUCAUGAGUCUUUCACAAAGGAACUUCUGGACAACAUUGAUGAGUCUCUUAAAAGUAUCUACAAGGAAGUCAAAAUCAAGUUUGAGAUUGACAUGAAACUUCACAUCUGUGGCAUUGCCUCAAGGGAAUUCUUCAAAAUGCAUCAAAAAUACUUGUCUGAUAAUGAUCCGCGAACUCAGCUGGAGAGGAACAAGUCUCGAUAUUUGUCAAAUUUUCUUGAUUUAUACAAAGAGAGAGAUGAUCGUCAGCGCAAAACAAAUGAUUUUGUCAGAUGUUGCAUCAAACCUGCUGUAGAAGAGUUCAUCGAUAGAUCUUUGGGAACAGAAAUUGUGGAUGAUAUUUUGACAGGUUCUCAUUCAGCAGAGUACAGCUCCCGCUCCUUUUUCCAGUACAACAUUCAGGAAGAGUUGCUGCAAAAUGAUGACUUUAACAGUUUUGCCAAGUACAUUAGUAAGUAUGAAAUAUAUAUUAAGGAUUGGAUAUUUCAGCACAUCCAGAAACAAAUGUCAGAGGACAAAACUUUGUGCAAACUGAAGAACAAGAAGCUUCAAGUCAUAUUUGAUAAAAUCACAGCAGCAUUAGAGCAGGCCACAAAAGGACCAGAUGGUGUUCAACUGCCAGACAACAAGGAAAGCAUCACAGAGCUCAUCAGCAACAUGCGGAAAUAUUUGAUUAAGGACAUCUCAAUCUCAGAGGAGGAUGAAAAAAUCACCCUGUUUCAAAUCCGAAGCACAUGUCAUCCUUUUAUCAACAGCCUCAAAGAGUCAAUAAAAGACUUGAAAGAACAGCUUCAGGAGGAAUUCUCACAGUCUGAAAACAUCACUGAGACUCUUCAAGACAAAUUUCCAAUCAAACCACAGGAUGAGCUUUUCAAGCGAGUGUUUGGUUGUGGAAAGCAAUGUCCAUUUUGUAAAGUUCCCUGUGAGGCUGGAGGAAAAGGACAUGAUAAGCAUCAUGCAGCUGUGCAUCGACCACAAGGUCUUGGUGGAGCCAAGAAUAAUGACACUGAGAAGCUGAUUGAAACACUGUGUACAACUGAUGUGCAAAGUGAAGCUAAAUUCAGUAACAAAGAUACUAAACAGAAGUUUCAUUCUUACAAAAAGUAUUAUACUUACUAUCCAGACUGGCUCAUUUCUCCAGAUCCCAGCAUAGAGUCAUCUGACUACUGGAAGUAUGUACUGGUACGAUACAAUGACAGAGUUGCUCAACAAUACGAGGCCAAACCAGCUGAUGUUCCAGAGGCCUGGAAGAGAAUCACAAAGGAACAAGCACUGAAGGGCUUAAAAGAUGCUUACAACAUAAAGUUGACAAGAUAA